AAGACAAGGGAAAACAAAAAAAAACUCGAAAGCAGUUUGGAAAGGAUCGAAAGUAAUUAAGGAGCAGGUAACACAUCCAUAUCCAUGGCUGAGAAAAGCAAGAUUUUGUUCAUUGGAGGAACAGGUUACAUCGGAAAACAUAUAGUAGAAGCAAGUGCAAAAGCUGGACAUCCCACUUUUGCAUUGGUUCGAGAAUCCACCCUCGCUGAUCCUGCCAAGGCUAAUCUCCUCAAUAAUUUCAAAACUUUAGGCGUCAAUUUGGUCCCUGGGGAUCUGUAUAAUCAUGAGAACUUGGUGAAAGCAAUCAAGCAGGUAGAUGUGGUCAUAUCUACGGUAGGCCACGCUCAGAUUGAGGAUCAAGUGAAGAUUAUCGCUGCAAUUAAGGAGGCUGGUAAUGUUAAGAGAUUUUUUCCUUCGGAAUUCGGGAAUGACGUUGAUCGUGUCCAUGCGGUAGAUCCAGCAAAAUCUGCAUUUGAAGGGAAAGCCAGAAUUCGACGUGCUAUUGAAGCGGAAGGCAUACCCUACACAUAUGUGUCUAGCAACUACUUUGCUGGAUAUUUUCUCCCCACAUUAGCUCAGCCAGGACAAUUCGCCCCACCUCCACCAAAAGACAAAGUCGUCAUAUAUGGCGAUGGAAAUCCCAAAGCGGUUUUCAACAAGGAAGAUGACAUUGGAACAUUCACCAUUAGAGCUGUGGAUGAUCCAAGGACAUUGAAUAAGAUUCUCUACAUAAAGCCCCCAAAGAACAUUAUUUCAUUCAACGAGCUUGUAGCAUUGUGGGAGAAGAAGAUUGGGAAGACCCUCGAAAAAACUUUUCUUCUAGAGGAUAAACUUCUCAAGGAUAUUGCAGAGGCUCCUUUUCCAAUCAAUGUGGUAUUAUCGAUCAACCACUCGGUGUUUGUGAAAGGUGACCACACAAACUUUGUGAUUGAGCCUUCUUUUGGGGUUGAGGCUUAUGAGUUGUACCCAGAUGUCAAGUACACAACUGUGGAGGAAUACCUUGAUCAGUUCGUUUGAAGAAUUAACAAAAUCUAUCUAUCAGUAAUAAUAUGAGUUGUUUGUUACAUUGGAGUUUGACGCGGAACUGUUCUGCCUUUCCUACUUGUUGCUUCUUAUUUCAUUUGCUAUGUAAACUUGUUAAUGUUUUUAGUACCCAAAUAAUAUUCAAAAAUGGUUGUGUAUCUUGUCAAA